UGUCGUCAUUUCCCCAAGACUCAGCGGCUAAUGCCCAAUGCUGCUGAGAGGGAGAGAAAGAGUGAAGAGAGGGAGGGAGGAAAGGAGAAGGAGAUAAAGAAAGGGAGAGCAGAGCGCGGAAAUUUCGUGCCCGCUUCUUGGCGCGAAUCUGGCAGGGGGGAAAAUAGAAGCGAGCCGCCGUCGCCAGUCGCUUCAUAGAUGGUUGUUUUUGACGCCGCCAGUCCCGCGAGCCCUUCUGUUAUCGCAGCGCUGCGUUAGCAUUUUUAACAUUCUUUACCUCAGACCACAUCUCAUCUCCACAUCUCUAACUUCUUUAAAGCGUUUUAGAGUGCAGUAGUCGCGUCAAGCUGGUCCUAUAAAACCUGCACAAUGGGGAGAAAAUCAAACCGAGCAAAGGAGAAAAAACAGAGAAGACUUGAAGAACGGGCAGCUAUGGAUGCAGUAUGUGCUAAAGUGGAUGCAGCCAAUAAGCUUGAAGAUCCUUUAUCUGCCAUGCCAGUGUUCAAAAAAUAUGACAGAAAUGGGCUAAACCUGCAGAUUGAGUGUAAACGGGUCACUGCGUUGAGUCCAGAUACAGUGGAAUGGGCCUAUGAGCUGACCAGAGCCAACAUGCAGACGCUAUAUGAACAGAGCGAGUGGGGAUGGAAGGAGAGGGAGAAGAGGGAAGAGAUGAAGGACGAGAGAGCCUGGUAUCUGCUGGCCCGUGAUGCUGACUCCACACCUCUAGCCUUUUCCCACUUCCGAUUCGAUGUGGAGUGCGGAGAUGAGGUGUUAUAUUGGUAAUGAUUAUUACUUAUCACACAG